AGAGUGAUAACCUUCUCCUUUCGGCUCUCUCACUGGUGGUCAGAGCAACACAGCCCCUUCUUCAAGUCAGGGGCUGCCCUCUCAGAGUACAAAGCAGGCUGAGAAGGAAGUGUCAAAGGGGACUGGAGGCAAGGUGCCGAGGGGACUGAGAAGAUGGGGAACCAUCUGUUGAGGGAAUACAGAUGCUGGGAUUGCCACAUCGCUGAAAGGUGUUUCUGCCUUCCGUGGAAAAGAAUACAUAUUUUUAAAGAGAGACAACAUUCCCAAAAGGAAGAUGAAGGGAUGUCAUCUGCUCCCAUCCAGCAGGAAAAUGCUGAGCAGACUUCCUCGGAGGAACUGUGCUACACCCUCAUCAAUCACAGAGUCCUCACGAGAAGGCCGUCAGGGAACUCAGCUGAAGGGGACUAUGAGAACGUUUUCCCCCAUGCUGAGAGGCCCAGAGAGUCCUGGGGAGGAACUGAGACUGAGUAUUCACUUCUCCGUGUGCCUUCCACCUCUAGGCUGCCACCUUCCCCAGAAGCAGAAUAUGAACUGCUCACGCCCAGUGGAAUCACCCCUCACUCACUGCAACCGCCGUGUCUAUUUAUGGCCCCUUCUCAGACUCAGUUUUCCUAUUUAUAAUGAAGUGGUUGGACCAACAUUUGUUUCACAGCGGUCAACCCAACUGUGAAGCAAAUAAAAGUGGGUGGCUGGGGGGAUUCUGAUUGAAACAGACUUGGAGCACAGAGCCCUUCCAGCUUACCUUCCACAGAGGUCUCUGCAGAGCAUGGUUUACAAACCAGUGGGCCCCUUAGAUCCCAUUCAGCAUCCUGCAUCCAAAGAUCAACUCAAACAGUGAAUACCACUAUUUGAGAUGGCAGCUACCGUCUUUGGCUCUAAGUAGUUUAGGAAAUGGAUUGCUCUUCUCAGCAGUAGGAAGGGCUCUCAGUGCCCUACUGUCUCUUCUCUUCCGAUUCUUACUAUGCAAUGUUAACAAAAUUGUCCCAUGACGUCACUAGGAAUCUUGAUCCAUAAUGCUAAGUGUACCCAAGUACGAGUCCACUUCUUCCACUGUGGUCUGGCUCUUCACUUGUGGCCUUUCAGCUCAGCCCCAAGAUGGGAGCCUGUGGCCUCCCUCUCACUCCAAACUUCCAAGCAGUGUCCUUCCAUGUGACUGUCCUUUGACUCAUUGAACCCAGAUUGAUUAUGGGAGUUGAAUCAGGAGGUUCCAGACCAGGUUCUUGUCAUAAUUUUAACCAUAUAUUAAUUUUUAUAACUUUACAUUUCUUCCUAGAAAUUUCAGUAGGUAAAAGCCUAGCAUCAAAGAAUGAUGAAGUAGAGGGACCUUUCAAGAUGAUCCUCUAAUCCCAUUUUUCUUUUGGCUCAGAGAGUGUAAUUUGCCCAAUGUUACACUGCAAAUUAGUGGCAGACCUUGAACUGCAACUGAGAUAUCCUGGCUUCCAAUUCAAUGCUCUUCCCAUAUAUUACAUAUAAGAACUUCAAUCAUAUGAUAUAGUUAUAUAUUAAAUAGUGUUAUGUAUAAAGUACAGAUAAAAUGACUGUGUGGGAAAACAACACACACACACACACACAUACACACACACACCUUCUCUAGUAAGCAUUCCUCUUCAUGUCCUGAUUAUUUAUUUUCCCUCACCUUUCCUUCAGCUUUCUUAGAAUUAAUGUCUAUCCUCUAAACCAGAUGUCAGCAAACUAUGGCCCACAGGCCAAAUCUGGCCCACCAUCUGUUUUGAUAAAUAAAGUCUUAUUGGAACAUAGCCAUGCUCAUUUGUUUAUCUACUCUCUGUGGCUACUCAACCAUGGGAGAGUUGAUGAGUUGUAAAAGAGAUAUUAGGGCCUACGAAGACAUAAACUAUUUAUUAUUUGGCCCUUUACAGAAAAAAGUUUUGAGGCCCCUGCCCUAAAUGAUCAUACCCAAAGCUAAACUUAAACAAAUAGAAAUUUUGAGGUUACGGAUAUGAACUCAUAAGAUCUGGUGCCAAUAACAUGGUAAGGAAAUAUUAAACCACAUGUGAUAUGAGUCAGGUGAAAACAAUUAGCAAAUUAGAAUGUUUCUAUGUUCAGACCUCUGUUCUCAAAUUACUAUUGUAUGUAAUUCAUGGCCACUGACCUAAUUUAGGGAUGUUAAAAUAACAUUAGGUUUGUUGAGAUAAGCAGUACAUGCAUUAUAUGUUUAAUUCAUGUUUUGUUAUCUUAGCUAAAAAAAAGCUAAAUAACUUUAUUUUAAAUGUGCUAAGAACCUAAUAAGGAUAAACACAGUGGUUUGAUGUUUGAUGUGUCAACUCAGGUUUGUUGAGACUUCAGCCAGCUGACAGUCUUCAGCAAGAGUCAGUCACAUUUUUGUGUCUUGUCCUCUGCCAAAUUCCUAUUCUUAAGACAAGAGAGAGAGGUUUGGAGAAGAGUGUAGAGAUGAAGACAAAUGAAACAAGAGAUGACAUAUAAAAUCUGAAAGACAAAACUGUAGACAGUAGAAAUUAUGUUGAGUGAAAUUAGACAGAAACAAAAGGACAAACACUCUGUGGUCUCACUAAUACAAAGUAACAUUAAUGAGCAAACUUUGAGAGUUAGCAUUGAGAAUACAGGUUAUCAGGGGAUA